AUGAGGCUGAUGAAUGUGUUGUUGUCUGCAAACAGCUGGAUCAUCUUCUACCAAGAGCAGAGCUUCCGGGGCGACAAUUAUGAGUGCAGCAGCGACUGUCCCGAGCUGAGCAGCCACUUGAGUCGCUGCAGGUCGGUGCGUGUCAAGAGCGGUGCCUGGGUUCUGUUCGAGAGGCCAAACUACUUGGGCGACCAGUACGUCCUCACCAGGGGCGAGUACCCAGACUACCGCCACUGGAAGGGCAACAAUGACAGCAUCCGCUCCUGCCACCUUAUCCCCAGCUUUUCCGGCACGUUCCGAAUCCGCAUCUUUGAGAAGCCUGACUUCAGUGGUCAGAUGUUGGAGUGCACGCAAGAUGUCAACCAGCUAUCAGACGUUUGGUCCCCGGAAGCCGUCCACUCGGCCCAAGUGCAGGACGGCUCCUGGAUCUUCUACGAGCUUCCUGACUACCGCGGACGGCAGCACCUGUUAGAAAGGGGCCAGUACCGCCGUUUCGGCGAGUGGGCCGCCAUGGAGCCCACGGUGGGAUCCCUCUGGCGCGUCCGCGACAUUUAG